GAGCGGCGGCGGCGGCAGCGGCGGCCGGGGCUGUCACCGCCUCUAUGAUGAAAUUUAAGCCGAACCAGACGCGCACGUACGACCGGGAGGGCUACAAGAAGCGGGCGGCGUGCCUGUGCUUCCGCAGCGAGCGGGAGGACGAGGUGCUGUUGGUGAGCAGUAGCCGGUACCCAGAUCAGUGGAUUGUGCCAGGAGGAGGAAUGGAACCAGAAGAAGAACCAGGGGGAGCAGCAGUCAGAGAAGUGUAUGAAGAGGCUGGGGUAAAGGGAAAACUCGGCAGACUGCUUGGAAUAUUUGAGCAGAAUCAAGAUCGGAAGCACAGGACAUAYGUUUAUGUUCUUACUGUGACGGAAAUACUGGAAGACUGGGAGGAUUCAGUUAACAUAGGAAGGAAAAGAGAAUGGUUUAAAGUAGAAGAUGCAAUCAAGGUCCUGCAGUGUCACAAGCCUGUUCAUGCAGAGUACUUGGAAAAACUGAAACUGAGCUGCUCACCCACUAAUGGAAAUUCUGUGGUUCCCCCUCUUCCAGAUAAUAACUCCUUAUAUGUCACUUCUGCACAGACUUCUGGGUUGCCCUCUACUGUAAGAUAAACAUUGGAAUUCCCUUUCUGUUCAUGCCAUCCCGGGGGAGACACAGCUGUGUUCACACGUUAGGCAUCUGUGUAACUGUCAGUUCUAAGUAAAAUAUCUGAAUGCGUUAUAAUGUCAGAUUUGUUGAAUAUGUUUUUCUUUUUUAACAAUGUAAAAUAGUAUUUCAGCAAACCAAAGCCAUAUAUGGAUUUUUUUAAGAUGCCUUAAUAGGCCAUUUUUWAAAAAAGAAAUGAAACUUGAGUAUAUAAAUUUCCAUAUCUGCUAAAAUAUGCAGCUUGAUUGUGUUCAGCUUAUCCAAGACCUGUCAGUUCUAGGCAGUAGUUCUGCAAGAGCACUUGCCUGGAGAACAGCUUGAAUGAAUAGUCUUAAACUAUAACUCUUAUUUGGUAUCCACAACCAAAGUGCUAAGAACUUAAGAUACUUUCUUGGGAAGACUGUGCGCUGAAGGCAGAGAGUCACGAGUGUGACUACAAAGCAGUGUUAAACAUUUGGCCUCUUGCAGCCAUGGCUUCCACUAAGCAGCGCUUGCCUCAGUCCUCCAGAAGUUUGCCUUGUCCUAUGCAGUCUUCAUAUAAUGUAGAGAACUAGACAGGAAGAAUAAAUUAAUUUCCCGCAGCUUCUGUUACGUGGCCAGCUGACRCCCUGAGCACCUGCUGCGCAUGAAGAGGGCAGCAGGUCCCCUCACCUCUGGUGCUCCUUGCAAGGCCCACGUUUGUUUUGUUCGUGGUAUAAUUACAGCGCAGGCUCCAAAAGCCUUCUGGGGUGCUCCUGCAGCCCCUCAUCAUCUAAAAUGUUUUAGGUAGGACUUACCCCGGGUGGACCCUUCAGGUUGCAGAGUAUCCAGGUCCUGCUGAGCAAGACACCUUAAGAUGUGCCUGCUAGUAGCCUGGCUCUACCCAGGUGUGGAGGCAAGUGGCCUGGUACUACCCUAGCAGAGGAAUGAUUUUUGUCUUAUAAAUAAGCUAUGUUGAAAGCCCCAGUAGUGUUAGUUCUUAAUUUUUACACUCUUAACAGGUGUUGCUUUCACUGCUUGAAGUGAAAGCUGACCUCUUGGUAAAACCUAGCUGGAAUAAAUGAGGUUCAGCUGACAGUGUUGCUGUUCUUUUCUUCACUCUUUCUGCCAAAAAAAAAAAAAAAAGUAAAUUCACUGUAGGUCUUAAUAUGUUCUUACCAUAGGGUUUGUGUGCAAGUGUGGUUUUCUUCAAGAACACAGUCUAACUUAUAUGGAUACUCUAACUGCAUUUUUUUYCCUAGGAUAUAAACAUUAUACCUGUCUGUACCUCCUUUCCAGUCAGCCAAAACAGGUUGAGGCAGAGCAGUGCCUCACAUGUGAAGCUUAUUCUGGGUAAAGCUCAUUCUCUUACAUCCUCUGAACUUUUGUAAAUAGUCCAACUAGUAAAUAGUGAGUGUAAAAUGGAAAAUAAAUGUAAUUUAAACCUUUUGUUACUCAAUACACAAAUGGUUAACUUCUACUUUUUUAACACAAAUUGUGUAAAAUGCUGCUAUAAAUUAAACUUUUUUUGUGCUGUUACACUUUUUUAGGAAAAAAAAAGUUGCCACAGAAGUUACUCUUCUAGAAAACAAUCUUGUGCCAUAUGUAAAUGCAGUGAAAGUAGGGAGACCAGGGUUCCAGUCUCUUAAUGCUGCUGUCUUUGAAGAGGUGUAAAACUACAGUAAMAACUACUGACAGGAGGUGUGAGCCACAUGAGGGAGGAUGCUGAAAUGCUGGGUAGGUUGUGUUUUCCAUCCUGGAUCUGCUCUUCCAGGCCCCUUCCAGAACRGGAAGGAAGCUGCAGGUUGGUUCAGGUGCAGGUAAAGGUGGUGGCAGUAUCGCAGAUAACUUAGCCCCGGGGCUAGAGGAGGAAAGUGGUAGUUGGGUAGCUGGCAGGUGGAACCCAGUCCAGCCUGGGCCACCUCUUUCCAUGGACAGGUUUGUCCAUCACAGGAGCUUUUGCUGGACAGAGCAAAAUGGGGAGCUGGGCACUGUUACUGUCCCUGAGCUGCCCUGUGUUGGGGAACCUCGGCCUCCAGAGCUGCCUUCAGAAGCAAAGAGCUUGGCUCCCUUCUUGCUCACUCGCAGGUGAUGCUGGUUUUGUUCAGUAGCAUUUUAACACUUCACAUCCAGYGACCUUGUACAGGCUUUCUUGUAACAAGACUAUAUAGAAUCUGUGAAACUUAAAUGGAGAAUCCAGAGUUCAAGUUCUUAGUCAUAAAAAUGCUUCUGUAUYGGUUUCAAAUUCUGGAAAUGAAACCAAUCCAAGCUUGUAUGAAAUUUAGUGGUAAUGCAUGAUCUUAUUUUGUAACUCUUGAAUUAUGUUAUUUGAUAAUAAUGUAAAAAUGUACAGUAUUGCUGUUGCUAACAAACUCAGCAUUGAUUGCCUAUAAAUAUUUUGGUUAUUUUUUGGUCUCACAUUUGAGCUGUUUAGUGGUGCCAGAUGAAUUUUUUUUUCUUUAAACAGCAUUCAUUGUAUAAAUCUCUUCAGUCUCUGUGCGGCCUUCAGAAUGAAGCCCAGUGUUGUUUAGCUGGAGUUCUGCCUCUCAAAGGUAUUUGUUCUAGGAAUUGUGCAAACCUGCCAGGRAAGGUAAAUUGAAACUGCAUCAAUUAUGCUGCAGAAUGUGUUACAGAAAGGAGGCAGUUAAUACAUCCUGACUGCUAUGCUUAGUUUUGGUUAAGACUAGGCUUCAGGAAAGGGCCUGUGUACAAGUUGGGGUAGGAAGGCAAAGGGUUGUCCUGGUACCUGUUGAAUUCUUGUCUGUGCAUCCUUAGUUCGAUGGACCAACCAUGKCUGGUAGGGAGCAGAUACUGGUUAUUCACUCUUACA